AUUUCUGCCAUUGAAUGAAAAGAGAUGUUGAAAAAAACAAAAUGGAUUAAAUGGAUUUGGGGUAUGCAAGAAGAGGAUUAGCCAAAUGUCUUCGGCACUUUCUAUGUUUAGAAAGUCGGCCAGUCAUGGCGAUGUUAAAAAGUCGGCUCAAAAGGUAGCAGACCCAAAGAAAGAUACGGCAACAAGGUUGAAGCACCUGCGGACAGUUUUGGAAACCUACAGAUAUGAUGUUCAGGAAGCCAAAAGAUUUUUUCAAGAUAAUUAUUCUCAUAUUUAUUACAUUUUCUAUGAUAACUUUAGUACGAUUGAAGCAGACUUGAAACAGAGGGCGAAUAAAGCCCAUAGAGAAGAACUUGAGUCAAUAUUGGUCAUUUUUGAGAGAAUAUUGUAUUUGAUACCAGAACUAAUACACAAAAGAUGGAUGUUUCACAGUAUUGGUGGAAUUUUGAAAAAGUUACUACAUCCAGGAAAUUGUAUAAAGUUAAGAAGAGAAGGAAUGAGACUCUACAUCAUAUGGUAUCAAAUUUUACAAGACAAUGCGUCUGAAGAAUGUCAUCAGAUAUUUCUGCAAUUAGUUCCAGGAUUAGGAGAUGGGCAGCACCAAGAAGCUUUGUUAAAUCGAAUUCCAACAACACCUGAUAGUAAGUCUUGUGCUACAGCAGCUAUGGAAGAUGAUGAAGUAGCUAGAAUAACUACAACAAGUACAUGCACAGCUGAACUAGCUAAUGGGCAAUUUAUAGAAUGUAGUGCAGAUGAUAUGAGUCUGGAUAAAUCAGACUAUGAUCAUCUUACAUCCAGAGUGUCGAGAAGUCCAUCUCCUGUAUCACAGUCUGGAUCAGCAUCACCUUCACCGACCAGUGAAAUGACAAUCCCUCAUAAAGAUAGCCCUACACCAGAUAGAGAUAGUCUACAUAUUGACAUGAUGGCAGGAGCUGAUGAAAGCAGAUCAGGAGAUAAACUGCUCACUUAUCAUACGUAUUUACCUAAAAAGAUUGUAGAGGUGAUAAUAUCUACUAUAUCAAGUUUAAUUUCUACACAGGAGAGUUCUUCACAAGAAGAGGAGAAAAGGGUUCUUCACUCAGCUGUGACAGGCCAUAGUACUACCUCUUUACCUCGCAGUGCUAACUCACUCUCUGAUUUCAUGCAGGAUUCAGAUUUCAGCAACGUCACAGACAACAAUCCAGCAGUUGUUAAUAGUUCUCCUAAAUCUCACACAUCAGAGAGUAUAUUAGAAGAUGUAACUAAUCUGCCUGAAGCACCAAAUGUGUUCGAUCCUCCUUGUAAACCUGAAACAGAUAUUGUUAAAUUGGCAGCAAGAACAGAAGCACCAGGUGGUGGAGUAACAGCAGGAUUAACUACAGCUAAAACAGUAUGUCGUGUAAUAGUUCGAGAUGUUGGCACCUCACAUUUUAUUAGUUAUGGCUACUUUCCUGAAGAAUGA